AUGGCUAUGCAUAAUUCUUCUGCUACUGACAAUGAACAUGACAGCGACAUAACGAUUAUAAAUUCGUUAUUAUCAACUAAUUUGGAUGAUGCAUCAACAAAUGUUUAUAUACCUGUGCUGAAAAAUUCACAACAAACUAAUGAAUCAUCCAAUACAACUCAACCAAUAACAUCAAAUGUUGUAUAUGAUCAAAAUAAUCAAACAAAUUCUGAUAGUAGCCAUGAUUAUAUAUUUAUUCAACAUGAUUUACAAGAAACUACUAAACAACUUGAACAAAUUUUAUAUUAUUAUCAACAAGACCUUACACAAGAAUCUAAUACAUCAUUUGAUUGUAAUCGGAACUUAAUUACACGUCUUGUUGAUCUCAUUCGACCAGUAUAUUCUUUAAAUCAAGAAAAAAUGAAAAAUUUAAAUACAUUAGUUGAUGACAUAUCAGACUUACAUGAUAAGAGAAUUGUUGAACAAAAAGAAAAAAAUGAACAAUUUCACCUUGAAAUUUCACAUUUAAAAAAAUUGAUAGUAACAUCAGAAAAUGAAGAUAAUACUAGUAGAAAAAUCUAUCGAAUAAAUUCAUUAGUUGAUUAUGAAGAAUGGAUGGAACUAGAAGAGGAAACAAAAAAACUUCACAAAUUAGUUGAACAUCAACAAAAUCAAAUCAAUGAACUUAACAAAUUGAUAUCACAAGAAGGUGAAUAUGAAAAAACAGUUAAAAAUGAAAAACACCAUACAACUACUUAUUCAAUACGUCCAUUAACUCGAGAAUUACAAAAUAAUAUUAAAACAAAAUGUUGUGUAUGUGAUUAUGAAUAUUCAAAUACAUGUAACGAAACUGAAAUACAGAAUCAUGUUAAAAAUUGUUUAUCUACAAUAAGUCUUGAUAAUCUUAAUGUUUCUAUCGAACGAAUACAAUUGGAAUGUCCAUUUUGUGAUAAAAAAUUAUUAAACAAUGGUGAUAUAGCUGAUCUUGAACAUUUGACAAUAUGUUGUAGUCAAUUGCAUGUAUAA